UUGUUUGUCAACAGAGGAUAUCUUACGGUCUGAUGCUGUUGGAUUGAUCUUAUAUUCACACGACUGGCAUCGAAAUCGAGUAGUGGUACUGCAGUCAGCAGUACCUCCAUAAUUUAACCACUUGGAUUUUCCCACGCAAUGUCGCGUUUAAUAGUUAGAUAUUUAAUUGCCAAGUUCCCAAAAGGAAGCGGAGAUAUUUUUAGGUUCAUUGACGAAAGCUUUAGUCCUAUUUUGAAAGUUUACAUUAAUUCAUUUGUUCUACUCGCGUCAUAGCUUAAGGAUUUGCGUCAGAAAACCUUCAGUGGCUAAAGAGACUAGAAUUUUCUCUUGUUCAUUUUGCUUCCAAAUUUCUUAAAACCAGUACCUUUUUUUCUAGUUGAAAAGAUCUCUCUUCAUAUUUGUUUCUUCUCGGUUACUGUGUUUAAAAUUGUUUUUCGCUCGAUUAUUUCUCAACAUGUUUUGCGGUCAUAUUAAAUCAGCAACAGCCCCAACAGCUUACGAACAGGUGUCUUUCAUGCGAUUGGUUAUUCUAGUAAGUGAGUGACACUUAGAUGUCGGAAGUAAUAAAUGACUCUCUAUCAAGUUUGAUGAAUACGUGAUGGUUUUUUGACUCCCUACAACACUCGCUAAGACGAUUGGCAAUUGAAUGUUCUUCGGGAAGUCUUUCUAAAGUUUCAUAUCGCCUAAAAAGCAUUACAUAUCAUAUUAGCUACUAACAAUCCAAACGAGAUUCCACGCACGGAUCAAAGGCAUGGGUACGAAUUUUGACUGCGGAUCAGAUUAAGAAUUGUUGAGAGCGGAAAUCACCAGAACGUGUGACGGGAACAGGUAGUCUGUUGAUUCCGACAUCCACCGAUGAUACCAAAUUGCUUUGCACUUUUAAAAACGUACAGCGAUAAGUGUUUGAGAUGUGUUCAGUGCCUUUUAUAAAAUUGUGUCUGCAGGUGUGUGUGUUAACCGGAAGUCAAUGGAAAAGUCAGGGAAAAUUCCCAGAAAACCACCGGAAGUUCUUUGUGGUUUCAUACAAUGCCAUCGUAAGCACCUUCACACGCAGUAGUAAUCUUCUGAAAUCCGUCGAAAGGAGAACCAAGAAACAGUGUUAAAAAAUGAGUGGAAAAAUGAAUGAAUGGGAAAGCUUGAAUACCACUUUAAAUCGCUUUACUGAUAACGUUGUCAAAUUUCGUCGUGACAGCAGAACGAAGGCCUUAAAAUGCUGGCGUCCAAUCGUCGAUGGAAUAGUAGAUUAUGUGAAACGUAAAGAUGACCGCUUCCACGCUCUCAGCGUCUUUCACAAAGGAAGCUAUUACGAAAGAUCUAAAGUAGGAGAACCUGAUGAAUUCGACUUGAUGUUGGUCAUGGAUAACUUAGAGCUGUAUGACGAACCAUUCGAAGAAGAUGAUGGCUUGAGCGAGCCACCAAUUGGAUUCACCACGGUUAUGAUUGACCAGGGUGAAGAAAAGCCAUGGAAGCGAGACGAAUGUGUAAAUAGACGAGGAAUGCUAAAUGCUACUCGAGUUAAGGCAGUUUUUAAAAGGCUGGCGGACGAAGCCAUUCAGGAUAUGAAGUCAAAGGGACAUUGGAGGAAUGUUACUGUUAAGUCUGGAGGCACAGCAGUCACCCUCAAGAUCAGCAAAGAUGGAAGAGAAUAUUCUGUUGACCUCACACUUGGCAUCAAGGACAACACCUGGCCAGAAGAUGCAGAAGAAUGGAAAACAAGGCAGAGAAAAGGUUGGCCAAAGAGGAAUCUUGUGCAUGACAUUCAUGAGAUGGGCUGUCAUCUGGUUACAAAGCAGCCAAAGGGGCACAGUCCUAUAGAACAGGAGAGAGGGUUUCUGUGGUGUUACUCCUUCUCAGAAGCUGAAAAGAAGCUGUUUCUUCAGGGAGAGCAAGGAGAAGUUAACUCUUGCCGGAGGCAAGUUCUCAGAAUAUUAAAAGCUCUGAGGGAAGAACUUGAACUGCAGCCAUUGAAGUCAUACCACCUAAAAACACUCUUGCUCUAUGAGUGCGAGUCCCAACCUUCUGCCAGGCAGUGGAGCAAAGAUGCCUUGAGUGAGCGAUUCUUAGACCUCCUUAAGAGGUUGGAAAAGUGUUUGCGCUCAAAGGAAUGUCCCCAUUAUUUCAUCAAAGAUUUGAAUUUGUUUGAAAUGCUUAACCCCGAGAAAUGCGAUGAAUUAGCUGAUAGAGUGAAUAAAAUUCUAAAGCAGCCAGGGCAAGUAUUAAUCAGACUUAUUAAGUAAUACCAGAUCGCAUGAAAAGAAACUGGAAAAGCUACACUGUUUGAUUGCUCAUCUCAAAGUUUUCUUCGAGGUCAAUCUACUUGGUAUGACUUUUGCUCAGAACCAUCACGUGUCAUGUUCAGUAAGCAGUAGGAAUGAAUGAAGUUGCUUGUUGAGAUCAUAUGUAGAAAUAAGUGAUUGCUUACUAACCCUAACUGUAACUCUACUCUCAAAGCUGAAAACUUUGAGCAGUUUAUAAUAACCUAAUUAUCAAAUAGCACUAGCUAGUACCAAUCUGACUACAUACAAAGGUGUUAAUGAUUUUAACUUUUUCCUCUCUUUUAAAAAGUGUUGAUAAAAGUACAGAAAAUUUGCUGGAGAAAUAGAUAUGGAUGAACUAACUUUGAUGUUGAAGGCACUUUUGGAAUUAUCAUAUUGGGGUAACUUGAAAACUAAAACAUUUGCAAAAGUGGUAAAAAUUAAAUUUUUUUGGCAAAAAAUUGAUUUAACAAAUAGAGGGAAGUGAUUUGUAAAUGUCUUGCUUAAACUUGCUAAAAUGUUUUAAAUUGGUUUUCAUAUGUUAGGAAAAUCCCAGAUGAUGGGUGACUUUAUUAUCCCUUGACCCAGAAUAAGUCUUUUUAGUGGAAUGUCCUCCGGUGAUUAUAGAGAUACAUGUGCUCUCAUUGGUCAAGGAUUGCAUCAUAUCUUGCUAUACUCACCUAGCGUAAGGUGAUUAUGGUAGGGGCACUAGAUUUCAAAAUGGUUGCCUCAUUUUUUGUUGAUGCCACACAAGAAGUAAUAAAAUGAUAGGAGAGUGAAGAGCCCAAAAGAUGCUUCAGGUGUUCUACAUCUAAGGUUAUUUAACACUUUUCAAAGAAAUAAAUGAAAUUUUGUUGGUUGAAUUAAA